AUGGUCAAAGUCGCUAUCGCUGGUGCUUCCGGAAAGCUCGCCCUCGAGGUCAUCGAAAAGUUAGCCGACGCCGGGAAGCACGAGAUUCUUGGAUUGGUUCGCAAGCCUCAGGAUCCUUCUUCUCUGCCCCAAUUUGAGGGAGUGAAGUACAUCCAGACUUCCUACCAAGAGGAGAAUGAGCUAGUCGAAAUUCUCACUGGCGUUGAGACUGUUCUCUCCUUCAUCGUAGCUCACACCGAUCCGAACGCGGAGACGGCCAAGCGUCUCAUUGAUGCAUCGAUCAAGGCCGGAGUGAAACGCUUUGCUCCAAGUGAAUGGGCAACGAACAACAAGUUGGCAGAUGUGGUUGAGUACACCUCUUGGUACGCCAACAAGCUGGAAGUGAAGAAGUACUUGGAAGAUGUCAACAAGAGCAAGAAGGUGAUUGAGUACAGCCUGUUCCAGCCUGGUGCGUUCAUGAACUACUUGGCGUAUCCUCACCAGACCGUCAAGCAUUAUCGCAUCGAUUACGCCACCUUCAUCGACUUCGAGAACACUCGCGCAUUCUUUCUGGAGGGCUCUGAAAAUGCCGAGCUGUCGGUCACUAGCAUUGAAGACAUUGCGGAGGUGACUGCCUUGGCCGUCGAUUAUAAAGGCGAAUGGCCUAUUGUUGGUGGCAUCACUGGCCAACGAGUUACUAUUGGGGAGCUCAUCCGUCUGGGAGAAAAGUACAGAGGAAAACCCUUCGAAAUCGACAGACUGAAGCUUGAAGAUCUCAAGGCGGGCGUUGUCAAGACAGACUUCUUCCCGCCCAUUGAAGUUCCUGGAAUUCCUGAAGAGCACCGAGAGCAGUUCACAGAUGUCCUUGUGAUUGGAGCGACUAUCUCGGUUGCUGAGGGAGCUUGGGCAACCUCCAAUGAGUGGAACAAGUUGCUGCCUGACUUCAAGCCGACCACUGUUGAGGAGUACCUGCAGAAGACUUGGGGUUCUCAGUGA